AUGCCGAUUGAUAUGAGUGAGAACUCGAUAUCGCCAGCGCCCAUAACUAUGAUUACAGACGCAAACAAUGCGGAGUCAUCUUCGUCGUUGACAACGACGAUAACAUUAAAUAACGAUAAAUCACCUCCGUUGUCCUUUACUGUUCAAAAUACACCCCGUCCCAAUUCUCCUAUUCAAACGUUAUCAAAACAAUUAGAUAAACUACGUCGAUUUCUUAGCACAUUGUAUUAUUUUGGAACAGAUAUUUCUAAUGAGAUCGGCGAACGUGUUCGAAUAUUAAUCACAGCUCUUGUCAAUAAUGCUUUAUCUGUUGAAGAAUUUCAUGCAAAGUUACAAGCAACAACUAACUUUCCAUUACGGCCAUUUGCUCUGCCAUUUUUAAAAUCAACAUUGCCGAUUCUACAGAAAGAAAUGUCGGAAUUAGCUCGGCAAUCGAAGCAAAGUGUUAGUCAAUAUAUUGUUCAAAAUGAAGAAUUGAUAUUUUUAUCUCGUGAUAUUCUUGAAAAUGAACUUUCUCCACCAAAAGAACCAAUUAACGAAAAUGGAAAACGAAAGUUUUCGGACGAUCUAAACGAAGUGGAGGAGCGUCCUUAUGCAACUAAACGUGCCGUUGUUAACCAUCGAAUGUACCAAAACACAAUUCGACGUGACAAAGAUCGUUCAUUCAGUUCUUAUCUACGAGAAUACACGAAUGAUCAUAAAGAUUCCGAUGAUGAAUGGAAAAACGCCGAAAAUAUGCUGAAUUGUAUAUUAGAAAUGGUAACAAAAAGCAAAAGAGUUCUGUUCGUAUUGCAACAAAAAGAUAUUCAUCUCCGUCGAUUAAUUGAAACGAAUGAACUCGAAUGGAGACGUAGACAUGCAGAAUUACUAACUCAAACUGACGAUCGAAUCUCGGAAAUUCGACGAAAAGCAGAAGAGACAGUUUUAGAAAUCAAACGUCAAUCAAUAAUUGACUUACAAAAGGCAGUUACACAGAGUGAACAAAAGUCAAAUGAUCUGCUACUUCGUGAACGUGAGCAAUAUCAACGUUUAAAAGCACAAACAUUCGAAGAAGCUUAUACAUUACUCAAUCGACAACAGGAUGGUCCAGAACAUUGUUGGCAUUGUGGGCGAAAAGCAAUUGAAACAUGUUCCGGCUGCAAUGUAGCACGCUAUUGCGGACAGUUUUGUCAGCAUCGCGAUUGGGAAUCACAUCAGAAAUUAUGUGGAGCUGAUUUGAAACGAAAACUUCAUGACAAUCCACACUUACACUAUCGUUCGUCACCGAAAACAACGUCUUCAAAUUUACCCAAAGAUGAUUCAAUUAUACCAACUAUUCUGAAUGCGUCAUCAUCUCCAGUAAAAGACAAUACCAAUGAACGAUCAGAGGGUAAUAAUGACGAAAUUCCUCUGGUGAAGAGUGAAAGCAAUUGA